AUGAGUUUGAACUAUUCAGAUUCGGAAUGCUUUUCAAACGAUCAUCAUAAUCAACUAGACAACCCUCUUGUUUGCAAGAUGCCUCAAUUCGUCGUCAACCCUUUUCAAGAUGCUUCAGUUUUUCAAGAUGCUUCAGUGUUCUGUGAAGUACUGCAUCAAAUUGCAUACUGCAUCAAGCAUCAAAUUGCAUCAUCUGCCAGAUGGAGGUUCUUCGUGGAUGGAGGAAAAUCCAACGGUGACAUCGUUCAACCUGUCUUACGAACCUCAAAGGGGCGUUGUUGGAUAGCUGCCGAUUCCAG